GGGGCGUGUCUCUCGGCGUGGAAUUUUCCAUUCGUUCGUGUGCUCGGAUAUAUUGCGGACUGAUCCGAGAGCGGAGCGCCUUGUUGCCGGUGGACGUAUAGCUAUCCUGACCGUGUGUGCCAAGCAUCAUCCACCUCUAUAUAGCGCUAGCUGGGGAGAGGACGGGAGGGGUGUGCGGGACGUCGGGACGGGCGCUGAUCUCUGUGCUUCGCGGCUGUGUCAGCCCCAGGUUCCCGCUUAUGGCCAAUUACAUCCACCUCCCACCCGGUUCACCGGAUGUGCCGCGCCUGGACCUCACCGUGCUGGAGAGCGCCUACCAGGAGGGGGCUCUGCGGCUGCUGAAGGAGCUGCGGCCGGAGUGGAAGGCGGAGGACGUUACCACCCAGGUCUUUACAGAUGGAAUUACCAAUAAGCUGGUUGGCUGCUAUGUUAGAGACGCUAUGGAGGACGUUGUCCUGGUGCGAAUUUAUGGAAAUAAGACCGAGCUGCUUGUGGACCGCGAUCAGGAAUUAAAGAGUUUUCGGGUUCUACAAUCCCACGGCUGUGCCCCCAAACUGUACUGCACGUUCAAUAACGGCCUGUGCUAUCAGUUCAUGCAGGGAGCGGCGCUUGAUCCAGAGCAUGUCUGCAAUCCUAAAAUAUACCGGCUCAUAGCGCAACAGCUUGCCAAGGUGCACGCCAUUCAUGCACACAAUGGCUGGAUCCCAAAAUCCAACCUAUGGCUUAAAGUGAGAGCGUACUUCUCCCUUGUUCCCACGGAGUUCCCGAACCAGCUUGUCCAUGACAGGUUUGUACGUGAAAUCCCGAGCCGUCCGCUCCUAGAGCAGGAGUUGCUGUGGAUGGAGACGACGCUGCCCAGACUGGGAUCGCCGGUCGUCCUGUGUCACAAUGACCUGCUCUGUAAAAACAUCAUCUACAAUGCUAAGACAGAUGAGGCCCAGUUCAUUGACUACGAAUAUUCCGGGUACAACUACCAGGCGUAUGACAUUGGGAAUCACUUCAAUGAGUUUGCAGGGGUAAACGAAGUGGAUUACAGUCUGUAUCCAGGGAGGGCGCUGCAGGUUCAGUGGUUACGAGCUUAUCUGGAGGCCUACCAGGACUUCAAAGGCAUCAAAACCGAAGUGUCUGAAAUAGAGGUGGAGCGUCUCUACGUGCAGGUUAAUCAGUUUGCUCUGGCUUCUCACUACUUCUGGGGACUCUGGGCAUUGAUUCAAGCAAAAUAUUCCAAAAUUGACUUUGACUUCUUGGGGUAUGCAAUUGUUCGGCUCAACCAAUACUUUAAAAUGAAGCCGGAGGUGAUGGGGCUGGCUCUUCCUGAAUAACCAAAGAAGAUGGCAGACGGUUCUCCAUGGAUCUGUUGGCCACUUCCCUGGACUCUGCUGGGACCACACCACCAAAGAAGGCUCUGGACAGCGGGAUUUCCAUUAAUGCCUUUUUUGUCAAAGCCUUUAAUUUUCACCUAAUGAGAUGACUGGACACUUUAUUUUGUUUUUUAAUUUUAAUAUUUUAAUUCUUAUUUAUGGCGUUACUUGAUUUGUGUUUUUUGAAGCUGCCCCAUGCCCAGGACUGAUGUUCAUGCUUCAUAUACUGUCAGUGUUGUCCCUGGGGAAUCGCUUGUGGAUUCCUCCUCCUGCAUUUCACCCACUGGAUUCUGCAUAUGGGGCCCCUUGUUUACUCUCUACAUGUAAAAUGUGAAUGUAUGUUGGAAUGAUGGUACAUCCCAUCCCAGUAACUGGAAGUAUUCAGUACCUCAUUAUCUUUGUGGGUCAGCAGCCUGUACUGUGGCACAGCAGCAAAGCGAGAUGUAAUUUGGCCGCUGAAUUACAGUUCGAAUUGACGCACUUUACAGACAUAAGUGCCUACUGGUCUUAGUGUCUGUUCAUCAGUCUCGUCUGGCCGCCUAUAGGUGGCGCUGUGAGAGUGACAAAUGCAUUGUAUAUAUGUAAUAUAGGGCCAGGGGCCUAGUAGGACUCUAAUAGUUGUGUGUCUGGAUGUCGUCAUCAUGAAUCUUGUGCAUUUCUGCUGAUCGCCUCAUGGCCAGCAAUUGUUCAGUAAGCAGGCUAGGCCAAAAAUGCCUGCCCUUUAUACCCGCGCCCCGAUCGGUGUGUGAGAUGUUUAUACUGACAUGAUACUAUACACAGAGCUGUGUAUAUUGGUGGGGCUACAUGGGUAGUACUGUCACUUGUGACAUUAUUCGCCACCUCUUCCUUUAUGGAAGCGUCCAGCAAAGCAGCAGGUUUCCCAGAUUUCUUCUACUUUGAUUGUAGAGCAUGGAGUUUCUCAGUGGCUGAUGGUGUGGGUUGCACAGGAUGAAAAAUUUGGGAAAGCUUGACUUUACAGAGGGUCGUUCAGCUUUCCCAAGCUCAUUUUUGUGCAUUGUUGCUCCAGCAGUGUAACGAGUUUCUCUGUUUGGGAUCCAGCUUUUCCGGACUCUUAGAUGCUCUGGAGCUGUGAUGGUAGUCAUAUUGACUGUAAAGCUGCAGUGGAUUAACCUUUGAUGCACAACGGUUAUACUUCGCAGUAGUUGGCUGCGGGAAUGUGCUGUCGUCUCAUGGCAGCAGUUGGCAUGUAGCCCACACGCUUACAUGGGGCAAUGUAGGGAACCACACUGCUAAAACUGUUGCACUAGAGCACUUUUUUGCAUUUAAAAGGUUGAACACAAGAGACCUGUUUGAUACCAUUCUUGCAUGCAGUGGUGAGGACGGUGCGGCGCUGUGUUAGUACCCUGGCUCGUCUUUCCUCCUGUUUUUUUACUGUAGUCGGGGAUCUUAUUGCCUUUUCAGUGUCUCAAUGAAGGUUGAAAUAUGACAUUAUGGACAAAACGGGUGCGAUACGUUUGGUGCUGCCGCAUGUAGCAUAUUGUACAUACAGAGCCAGUGUAAAUGACACUUUGUAAAUUGUAGAUGGAUGAUUUGUCACUGCUGCUUUGUAACUCCUGCCCUUUUGUAACUCUUCCCUUCUGUCAUCGUCUGCACUCGCUACAGGAACCGUGGCUGAACCAGUUGGAUCUUUUGGAAAUGUAUUUUUCCCUAGAUGUAAGCACUUUACUUAUUGUACAUGGCAAUAAGUGACAGCAGCACUGUUCCUGCACUGCAGAUCGGCUGCAAAUAGAACUGUGAAAUCUAUACAACUUCUGAGUGGUCCAUAAUAAAGAGCAACCCUGUUCAUUAC